GCCCUUCGAUGGUUGAAAGCAUAAUAAUCAACACAUUGGAAAUUCUAACUUUGGCUGUCUUUUUGAGUGGGUGAAUAUAGGUUGUAAUGUCAUUGAUCAACGUCUCAACGAAAUUUUAUCCACUGAAUUAUCCAUUUUCGGGGGGUAUUUUUUAAUAUAUGUUUUUUUUUAACCCAUUCUCCCCAAUUCCGUGAUAUGCAACUGGUAGUCCACGUUGAAAUGACAUGUGUGCACAGUGGGAUGUGAGGAACAUGCUGUUGAGCAAGAUGGUUUGGAGAAAAAAGAACGGGGCGCGAGCGAGCACGUGAUUUUUUUAGGGAGAUUUUCUGAAGUCUGAACGUCUUCAAUUCUGCUCAAUUGAGUUCCCGGGAUUAACAUGGUGAUGGUCGGUGAAGGAGGGGGGAUACGGUGGCGACCUCUUCGUUGUUUAAACUAGUCUAGCCUUUUCUCAACAACGGGAAAAUCUGAAAAAGGAGAGGUUAAGGUAACGACCAAAAACGAAUCUGUUUUCUUGUAGCCAGCUCGAUGUAUUAGGGAGAAGGUCCUGUUUUUACACGACGGUGGACAUCGGUGAAUGUUAGCUAGUUAGCUAGCGUGUUAUUUGAGUCAACCGCUAUCUUGCCUGGCUUCACAUCAUUCUCGUUUGAUGUCUCUUUGGUUAGCUAGCUAAGUGUUUAGCUAGCUAACGCACCUACCUAAGGUGAUGUGCCAUGUGAAUGGCUGAGAACCACCAUGAAGCCCUCACACAAGCUGCUGUUCGUCCUGUGCCCCAUGCUGGUCCUGGGCUUCAUCUACUACUCCUCUGGGAAGCUACACCUGCACGUAUGGGGCCAGAAGCCACAGAUUGAUUCGGAACCCACUAUCAUAUUCCAGUCUAAAGGUCAAAGCACCACAGAGUUGGAAGCGGAAAUUGCUCUCACCGUGGGACGAAUAGUAGGCUCAGUGUAUGAUAAGCAGGGCUUUCUGCUGAAGCUGGAUGGACAGUUGCCAGCGGAGUUGGCGUACAAGUAUGGCAACCUCAGCGAAGGAGUUUGCAAGCCGGGCUAUGCAGCGGCCAAGAUGACCGCCAUCUAUCCAAAGUUCAUGAAGCCAGCUCCCAUGUUUCUCGACCGGAACUUCAAGCGGCUGGCCAAAGUCCGCAAUUACUUGCCUCCAUUUGGAUUCAAAACACAAGAAAGAAUCAUAGACAGUAUUCUAACUGCAACAAAGAACUAUGGCUUGGGUGAAGUCCUUGACAGUCUUGGUUGUAAAAGAUGCAUUAUUGUGGGCAAUGGUGGUAUCCUGGCCAACAAGUCUUUGGGCUCGCGCAUAGAUGAUUACGACAUUGUGGUGAGGUUGAACGAGGCUCCUGUGACUGGUUUCGGCAAGGACGUGGGCACCAAGACCACCAUGCGCAUCACCUACCCUGAGGGGGCCAUUCAGAAGCCUGAGCGCUACGAAAAGGACUCGCUAUUCGUCUUCUCCGCCUUCAAACCGCUGGACUUCAAGUGGCUCAGACAAAUGGUCUACAAAGAGAAACUGCGGGGUACAGAGGGCUUCUGGAAGUCUGUGGCACACUACGUCCCCAGGGAGCCCACAGAGAUGCGCAUCCUCAACCCCUACUUCAUCCAGGAGGCUGCCUUCCAGUUCAUCGGCCUGCCGCUCAAUAACGGCCUCAUGGGCAAAGGGAACAUUCCAACCCUGGGGACCGUCGCCAUAACAAUGGCGCUGCAUAACUGUGAUGAGGUGGUGGUGGCUGGCUUCGGUUAUGACAUGAACAUGCCUCACGCACCCUUGCACUACUACGAAACAGUCAAGAUGUCCGCCAUCAAAGAGUCCUGGACACACAACAUAUCCAAGGAGAAGGAGUUCCUCCGCAAGCUGGUGAGGGCCAACAUCAUCACGGACCUGACUAACGGGAUCUGAGUCUGACCAUCCAAGAUGUUUGCCUUUUCCCAAAAGAACUACAGAACAGAGGAUGCUGGGAAUGAACCUGGGUGGUGGUGGUGGGGGGGGGGACCCUUAGAACCCAGACCCUGGUGGUCUGCACACUGUCUGAGUUUUUAUGUAGAGGAGAUUGAAGCGGAUGACUUGAAGGAAAGGCGCACAUAUGUGCCUUCUGACCCAGAGGCUCCUGUCUGACACAGCCAGGAGGGACGGGCAUGGAUCGAACGCCAGUGAGCGGACAAUCGGACAACCGCGUUUACCGUUUUGAAACCAGCGAGCAUCGAAUGAAACAUGAGUGGUAUGGAAGAGGAGGACGGAAGGUCUGACAGACAGAUGUAGAGACUGACAGACUGCAGGAGAGAGACAGGGACAGAUAGUUACAGCAGUGCCAAAUGUACCUCGUUACAAUGGGGGGAGGAGAAUACCUCUCCCUCUACUGCCUGAAUGUAUUUACUUUAACAGUGUAAAUGUCAAAGAUUUUUACUAUGCUUUUUAACAAGCUCCAGUGACCUCCACCCCAUCCCCAGUACUCUCAGUACUGUCUUUCCCGGCGAGCCUCCUUCCAGGCCUGGCGGAGAGAAACCUUUUUCAAACCUCUAUCUCCCCCUUCUCACUUCCAUAUCGGCAGGCGUUUUUGAGGCCACCGUGCGUUUUGAGAUGAGCAUUUUGGAUUUUAACAGGAAGUUUAAACCUGGAUUAUUUUAUCUUGGUUGAAUUUAUUUAUAAUUUAAGGCUGAUAGAGCACUAACUUUCUUUUCCGUCUAACAGUUCGCCAUAACUUGCUUCCUCAAUGACUCACUGUGGUGUCAUAAGUUGUUGAGUAGAUGUCCCUCAAAUCCUAGUAUUUCUAUUAUGGCUCUUCAGAAAGUGUUGUGAAUACCAUUAUGUGAGCGGUGGGGCAGCAGCCUAGGCCUAGAUUACCAGCCACGCGGCGAGAGUGGCGAUGGGAACUCUCCAUUAUUUGUGUGGUGCUGAGAAACAUUCCUAAUUUGUCCACGUGCAGAGCUUAUGUUCCCUUCCGCCAUGAAACUAUAUGUUGCCAAGUUUAUUUUCCCUGACUCGUAGCACAUGCGAAAAUUGUUAACUUAACCUUUAUUUUUAUUUCUCCUGUUAUGAUGGUUGAAUAUACACCAUCAUGGAAACAGUGAAAUGCCUGUUUUAGAGACAACAACCUGGUAGAUGGAUACACAUUUAAAGGGCAAGCAGGUGUUUGUUUACGAUAAUUCUGUUUAUUAUCAGUUAAUUAUUACAUGAAUUAACCUUGCACAGGCUAUAUAAAGUUUCAAUCUGUGGCUGGCAAAAGUUUGAGUAGCCAAUUUUUGCAGCCUUAUAUAGCCUAUUCGAUUCUGGGAAUUGUUUGUUUCAAAUGAAACAAUAUUGAAUGUAAAGGUAUUGUUUUAUGCCGGCUGUAGGCUUUCAUUAGUUAAGAAGGCUAAUUGGAAGGCUCUUUUUUAAAAGCGAUUUGAGUUAAUGUGCUGCAUUGUGAAUUAUAAGAGAGGUUUAUCAUUCUUAGUUCAUGGCAUUCUUUUAUCCAAAUCUUGAAUAGACAUGCAGACAAAUUAAUACAGGGAAGGGGAACACCUAUUACCCUCCUACUCUGGAGUCAUAAAAACAAUUUAAAUAUAUACUUUUUUUGGCGGGUCACGGAUCGGCUCUCUGAACAAUUCUAUGCGGUUGGUUCGGGUUGUGGAGAAAAAUCUGUCCUGAUGCUCGGAAUUGAUGUGCCUGACCCUUGCAAGAUUGCAGUAAAUGAUCCACAGGAGUUGUAUUAUAAUAUCCUUUUGACUUGCAAUACUGGUAUCACAAUGUGAAAGCUUACUGGUCCCAAGUUUCUCAGCAAAAAAAA